GGAAGUGUAUACCAACUAAUGUGAAAGAAGUAUCUUCCGAGUAUAUAAGGAAUUCCAAUCUCUUCAUGGCCUAGGUUUAAGGUUUCUGUCGCCUCAUCAAAAAGAAUUUUAAGAUUAUGGCCGGGUUCAGAUCCAGAAAGCCAGUGGGGUCAUCACCGACUCGUCGUCGUCAUCAUCAGAUUCCUUGCACCACCACCAUCGCCGUCAUUAAUUUCUUCCAUGGCCUGCCAGAAAGCUUGUUGAUUGAAAUCCUGAUUAGGGUUCCGAGCAGCAGGGAAGCGAAUCAGCUGAAACUGGUGUGCCGGCGCUGGAACUCCCUCAUCUCUUCCCCUUGUUUCAUCACUUUCUUCAAUCACCGCCGCCACCGCGACUCGUCUUCUUCUUCUUCUUCUCCCUCCUCGUCGUCGUCGUAUAGCCUCGUGUACCGACUGCGGAACGAAACCAGGCUCUUCCGCUAUCGGUACACGGGGCGGGGUACAGCCCAGUUCGACGCCACCCGAGUCCUGGAUUUGGGCUUCCUCCCCGUGUCUCCGAGCAAAAGAAUCCUGGUGCGUUGUUCGUGUGCCGAUUUGAUCUUGUGCUCGAAUAAGAACAAGAAGAAGACCCGGGUGUAUUUCUACGUUUGCAAUCCCCUAACCAGGCAAUGGGCCGCCCUCCCUCCGGCUUCUGCGGGUGAUGGGGAACCCUCCCCCGCAGGGGAAGCCGUUGGCCUCCUCUCCGUUCCUUCCCCGUGUUCCCUUUGCAGCUGCGAAGACCACCCCCAUCGCGGGGGUGAUGACAAUUCACGCCAUAAAUUCACCGUGGUUCGGAUUCCGAAAUGUAGUCCCGGAAGCCCGGUUUCCGAGUUCAACGUGAAGCUCUAUUCAUCGGAGGAGGGUCGAUGGAGAAGUUGCGCGGUUAGAACCCCGCGGGCGCUACCUUGCCGGGGCGAUGCUUUGACGGGUCUUGUGGCAUAUAGAGGGAUGCUACAUUGGCUGCUUGAUGGUCACAUUUUGGAUCGUCUUCGCGUGACGACGGUGUGGCGUCGCGACCAUUACGUAUGGGAACUCGAGGACUACGACGCGGGGAAGUGGAGCUUGGCCCACAAGAUCCACGCCCGGAACCGGUACUCGUGCGUGCCCGAGGAUUUGGUUUACGUGACGGGCAGCACGAACAAUCGACAAUCAUCACGAGAGGAGGAUGCGUGGUUUUCCAAAUUCCGAGCCGAAUCGCUUCGCCACUACACGUCGUUCGGCGGGGACGACGACGAUAUUCACCCUAAGAUUGCAAGCCAGUGGUGGCCAACACCCAUAUCACCGCCGCCGGUGAAAGGGCGGCGGCGUUGCACUCAGACGACUAAGAAUUUUCAGCUUGAAUUCACAGGUCUUAAGGACUUUUUUCAUCAUGUCCCGGGGAAUCCUUUGGACCGGCCCUGGAUGAUGGUAGUGUGGUUGGGGACGAAGGAAGAUGAAGUCACAGAGUCGAGAAGAAGGCCAGAUCGAGAGAUAAGGAUCAGCUACACUACUUUUGCUCCACCCGAGUUUGGCGCCGGACCAGGCCCACUCCGUGGAGCCCUCCCGCCGGCCCCACGGGAGGAGCAUAUGCGUGCUUCUCAGUUGUAUAACUUUGCUGAUCACGACGUUGGUUUGCCCAAAACGGACGAGGGUAAUAAGGAGAAGAUUGUCGACCCGCUGAUUGACCCAGCAAUGGAACUACCCGACCUCAGUGCGAGGGAAUUCGUCGUCUUGAAGAAGAAGAAGAAGAAGAAAGAGAUUAUUGGUUUGAGAGAAUUGGGUAAAGAUCAAUAAAUACUCUUAAGAUGGAUGGAGCAUUAUGAUGAGUCUUUCUUGGGGGGAAAUGUCAAUUUUAACCUCAAUGAUGAAAAGUAGUUCACCAGAUGGAGAACAAUCACUUACAGACAAUAUAUCAUUUAUUGAUAAUAGAUAGAAACCAGAGAUAGGAAAAGAUCGAUCACAGUCUC